GUUUAGAUGUUUUGGAACAUCUCUCAUUUCUUUCAUUUAGUUAGUACAUAUUUGGUAGUCGAACUAGAACUAUUCGAUUUUAUUUCUCCAGUUCUUAUUUUUUUGUUUUUAAAUAUUCUCUCAAAGUAUUCAACUUAUAGCGCAGUACAUCAUGGACGACAAGAAUAUUUCAAAUUUUGAACCUCCGAAAGACAAAGACAGUGAGCCAUUAAAAAGCGAUUCCCUACCAAAAAUUGAGCAUCUAUUCAAAGACUUUGGAUGUAUGAUGAAUGAUGAAAUUAAACCAAAAUUAGUUACAAAUGUGACAAUACCAAAUACAGAGCAUACAGAGGCGCCGAGUGCCAAACAAAUGGAUAUAACGGAAUGGUCUCGUCAACAAUCCAAUGACAAGGAUGAACAAGGAUGCAUUCAUUAUUUUAGACUAUCCGAUAUGGAGAUGCCUUGCCAAGCAACCAACGAGACCGAUUUUGAUCCAAGCAAUUCCAUUUUGCCCGAAAGUAGUCAACAGACUUCAUUGCUAUUGGCUAAUAAAAGCGCUGGCUCUUGGUUUAUACAAGGAUUUAUGGGCAUACCAGUUCAAAAUUUGAAAUAUAAAUCUAAAUUCGGUGACAAGAAAAAAUUACCAAGACCCGAAGAAACUUUUUAUAUGGAUGCAAGAAUAGUUAUGGCACCACUUUCAAAAUCAAUUGGGCGGAUGUUGGCCAAAACUUUGAUGGGAAUUGUAAAUACCUUUACAAGAAAUCCCCAUGAUAGCACAACUGAAAGAACCGUUCAAUCAAAAACCUGGUUGGAGGAGAUAGUUUUGGAAAUUGAAUCUAAACGAUAUAAUAACUUUUUGGAAAUUAAUGAAGAGCUAAUUGAAGUUUCUCAGAGUGACGAACACAUUGAAAAAAUUGAAUCAAAAACCUUUUUAGACAACAUAAUUUUACAAAUUGACUCUAAACGAUAUAAUCCCUUAUUAGAGAUUGAUGAAGAGAUAAUUAACGAUUCUCAGAGUGAAAAACACAUAUCUUCAGAUAAUAGUAACAUAGAAGACGAUUCUAAAAUCUUAAUGAAAGAUCAGCUUUUCGAAAUUGAUUCAAGUGGUUAUAAUUCUUUUUUAGAAAUUGAUGAAGAGAUAAUUAAGGAGUCUCAGAGUGAAGAACACGUAUCUUCAGAUAAUAGUAACAUAAAAGAAACCGAUUCUAAAAUCUUAGUGAAUGAUCAGCUUGUCAAAAUUGAUUCAAGUGGUUAUAAUUCUUUAUUCAAAAUUGAUGAAGAGAAUUCAUCCAGUAAUAUUAUUUAUUUAAAAAAACAAGAUGUGGCUGAAAACGGCAAAGAUAAUAAACAGCCAGAUAUUCCUCAAAUAGUGGUAAAAGUAUACCAAAUCUAUGAGAUUGUUGAUCCCAGGAAUAUAGUUAAAUCAGGCAUAAAGAUUUUUAGUGAACCCACAAAAAUUGAUUAUUUGGAAAAUUUCAAGGACUGGAAACGUUAUGGCGAGGGUGAAAUUCAAAUUUGGCAAAAACAUGAACCCAUUGCUAGCUACUACAUGCUCCUCUGGGAUAACGCGAGCUUCGAAUUGUUGAUUCAUAUGAAACUGGAUGCCAAUUGGAAAAUUGAAUAUUUCGGCAAUAGCAGCGACACUUGCCGCUGGAUGAACUUAAACUAUGCGAAUGCUCCAAAGGGUAAACUAGAACAAUUGCGCUGUCGUUUCCCAGAGUCCAAUACAGCAGAGCAAUUCCUGUUGCUGGUGGGCGAUUGUGUCGAAAAAUUGUGUGCUGGAUUUGGCCCGAAAACGAAGUAGUAAUUUUUAUUCCUCUUUACUCAAUUUAUUUGUUAACAGAAAACGAAACGAAAGCGGUGGCGGCUUUACCAACCCCAUCUAUUUGUGUGUAUUGAAAUAAUGAAAUAGAAAUAGAAAUUUUUGUGGUAACUCAAA